AUGUCCGCCCGGCGUGGAGCACCACGUCACAUCUUCAGUGACAAUGGCACAAAUUUUACUGAAGCCAACAAAGCAAUCAGAAGAGAAUAUGAAGAGAUAACUGCUUCGCUUGAUGAAUCAUUCUUCAACGUCAUCAUCGAUGUGAACAUCAGCUGGCACUUCAACGCUCCUUCUUGGCCCAGCGCAGGAGGGUUGUGGGAAUCAGCGGUGAAGAGUCUCAAACAUCAUCUUCACCGAGUGCUGGGAGAACAGCAUCUAACUUUCGAAGAAUUUUCGACUCUAUUGGCACAGAUAGAAGGUUGUUUAAACGCACGUCCCCUGUGCGCAUUGACCGAAGACCCUGACGAUUUGGAUUACAUCACGCCGGCACACUUUUUAUCGAGCGGGCCGACUCUCCACAUCGUUGAAACAGAAAGGGACGAACGCACUCGGUGGCGCCUAACACAGAAAAUAGUCCAAGAUAUAUGGAAGAAAUGGCAAACUGAAUACCUGUGUCAGUUACAAUCACGCUGUAAAUGGACACAACUCAAGCCAAACAUUGAGAUCGGCGACGUCGUAAUCAUUCACGACGCACACUUACCUGCUGGCAAGUGGGCCCUUGGCAGGGUAUCAGAAGUCCACGAAGGAAAGGAUGGACUUGUCCGUGUCGCCUCAGUAAAGACAAAAAAUUCAAUAAUCAAAAGGCCCAUUAUCAAACUGUCUAAACUGCCAGUAUCAGAAAACGAAUCAUCAUCAUCAACCAAAGAAGUACAGAAAGAAGACACGUUGCCCUCGUCGGUCACGCCCCCAGCAAAACAAACAAAACAAAAGGAAAACAAGAUCAAAACUCAUCAAUUACAUCACUAUGGCGCUUAUGCUGUUUAUGUUAAUUAUAUCACCGGCACAAUGCAAUCAUAG